GGGGGGGGGGGAGGAGGAACGUGUGUGUGUGUUGGUUGCAGCUAGAGGAGGCCGUUGCAAGUAGACUAAGGAUGGUGUAGUUGCUUGUAUUUUAGAGAGUUUCUUCUUCUUUGAAUUAUUUGUGCCCUUUUUACCUUCAACUUUAUUAGACGACAGUAAUUUUCACCCACAAUGUCGGGACUUUACUUACCCAAAUGACGGUUAAAAAUUGACAUGGUCUAGUUUUGUAAACCUUUUCCCUGAGGAAUCUGGUCAUUAUGCGUAUUAGGCUAAGUUCUUUUUUGGUUUACUGGUGUGAGCUAGGGUCGAGAUUUAUUAAGUCGAUGCCCCCAUGAUGCAGCCUAUCCUUCAAGAUGAAUAAAUAGUGUGUUACUGAAGGAACCAUGAUUUUUAUGUGUGAAAGCUAUGGUAACUUAGUCAGUGCUUUUAGAUACUUGACAUGUGCAGAACUUAAAUUGUGUUAUUAUCGAGCCUAAUAUUUGGUAGGCCUAAUUUUAUGUUCAUUAAAUUUACAAGUGCUCUUGAGUUCACUGGUUAUUCUGCCUUGAAGACAUCCUAGUCAAGUAAGUUACGAUUUUCUGGAAGCUGGUGUGCUAAGAAACAUCCAGUUAGCACUGGAGCCCUAUUAACUUAUGGUUUAUGAAUUUCUGAGCUCCACAACCUUUACGUGUUAUGUAUCAAUUUCUAGAUAUCAUCAAAUUAUCCUAUCUUGAGUCUGCUGCUGAAAUAAGAACUACAGUUACUGAUUUACUUUUGGUCAUUGGAUGUUUAAGUUCCAUAUUGAGGUGAAAACGACAUUAUUAUGUCCAUCAGUAUGAUGAGUCAAACUGUGAAUCAUCGUGUGCUUUAAGAGAGAAUAAUAUUCCCAUGCUUACCGUUUCACAUGAAACAAAUUAAACAUGAAAAGACUGACUGACCAUUACAACUACUAAGGACACUUUGGUUGCUUUACAAGUAGGGGUGCAGUUGGGCAGGUUGAGAGGUCAAACCGGGCUCAAACCAAGUCAUAAAUCUUCAACCCGAGCCCAACCCAAACCCGACCUUCAAAUCAAACCUUGCAACUCGGGUACUACCCAAUCUUAGAUUUUGGAACUCAAGUUGAAUUCAGAUUGAAUAGAAACAAAAUAGCUGCAAAAGGCCAAAAUGAAUUCUCAAAGCUGAUAACUCUACAUUUUGCUACAUCCUAGACUACUCAAUACUCAGGUUUGUGAAAUGUUCAAACACCCAGGCACACACAACCCAAAUUCCAUCAGGUUAAGUUAAAAUCCGUAAAAGACUGAAGAAGAAAUGAAUUCUAACAUGAGUGAACUCCAAUACUAAGAAGCUGUUAAAUUUUCACAUGCUUCAUACAAAGAGAAUUGAUACAAAUUGUCUACUGGGUGCCCACCUUCUCUCUACACCUUUCUCACCUCUCGCUUUUUUCCCACCAAAACCGAGACUAUUGGUAUGCAAGUGAUGGUUUGAUGCAGAUUGUAGAUGAUGAGAGAAGGUGAGAAGCAGCUUGAGUUUGUGACAAAGAAAGAGAGAAAAUGUGUUUUUUUUUUCGAUAAGAGAGAGAAUAUUUUGCAAGUAACAAUCAAUAUAUUUAUACAAAUUGGGGACAUGAUUUCCCCUUUUCGGCCCGGGAUUGAACUUUUCAGAUUGGGUUCAGAUUAGGCCCCCCAUUGCACCCAUAUUUACAAGUUGAUGGAUACCUCUAUAUGCUUGUCAACCCUGGACUGUAUGUAUGCAUGUUUCAUGUCACAUAUUUUUUACGUAUUUUUCGGGUUAAGUCCUACUCUUGUGACAUCAUGACAUAAUUUAUUUUGCAUUGAUUUGGUUUUUAAUUUUUUUGGUCUUUUGCUAUACAUUUUAUAUGAGAUGGCUUAAUUGUGCAGACGAGAGGAUGCCGGUUUCUGAUUUAUUUCAUGCUGGUUUUGCAGAUUGGGGACCUAAAGUUGAUGUGGUGGGAUUUUGCUUCCUUGAUCUUGCAUCAAAUUAUGAACCUCCCAAAUCACUUGAAAACUGGCUUAAAGCUGGUACAAAGCCUAUUUAUAUUGGGUUUGGUAGCCUUCCUGUUCAAGAACCAGAGAAAAUGACAGAAAUAAUUGUUCAAGCUCUAGAAAUAACAGGACAAAGGGGCAUCAUUAACAAAGGCUGGGGUGGUCUUGGUAACUUGGCAGAACCAAAGGACUUCGUGUACUUGUUGGAUAACGUUCCUCAUGACUGGCUUUUUCUGCAGUGUGCUGCUGUGGUGCACCAUGGUGGUGCUGGAACAACGGCUGCUGGUCUUAAAGCUGCGUGUCCUACAACCAUUGUUCCUUUCUUCGGUGACCAACCUUUUUGGGGAGAUCGAGUUCAUGCCAGAGGAGUAGGCCCUGCGCCCAUACCAAUUGAUGAGUUUUCACUACCCAAGUUGGUUAAUGCAAUCAAAUUUAUGCUAGAUCCCAAGGUGAAGGAGCUCGCUGUUGAACUUGCGAAGGCCAUGGAGGAGGAAGAUGGUGUGAAAGGAGCAGUGAAAGCUUUCUUUAAACAUCUUCCUUGUAAGACACAGGAUCCGGAGCAAAUACCUGCCCCUUCUAGUUUAUUCUCUAUAAGUAGAUGUUUUGGUUGUUCGUAGAUCUUGACGGGAUAAGUUUGUCCCCCCUCUCAUAGUUGUGCAUGCUUGGUUUGGCUAUAACAGUCUACCUUUGUAAUUAUGAAAAGGUGAGAUGAGAUGAAUCCUAGCAAGACUGGACCCAGUUGUUCACAGCAAUCCCUAUCCCGCUGCCCCCAUAGCGGUAUUGAUCUUUAUUCAUUAUGCUUAUUAUUUGUUUGUUGCAAUAAAUAU